AUGACGGCACACAUCACGGACAACGGAGAUGUCUCAGAGGCAUUCGCAGUAACCGACGGAGUGAAACAGGGCUGCGUCCCGGCCCCCAUCCUCUUCGGUCUUAUGUUCUCUGCCAUGCUGAUGGACGCCUACCGUGGCGAACGCCCAGGGAUUCGCAUCACCUACAGGACAGACGGCCGCCUCUUCAAUCAACGGCGGAUACUCUUCCAAUCGCGUUUAUCCACAAUUACCGCCCACGAACUUCUGUUCGCCGACCACUGUGCCCUCAACACCACCUCGGAAGAGGACAUGCAAAGGACCAUGGACCUCUUUUCCGCCGCCCGCGAGGACCUCGGUCUGAUCAUUAACACGGAGAAGACGGUGGUUAUGCACCAACCGUCACCCAACACAGCUCCUCCCUAUAAUGCGCCGGAAAUCAGCUUGAACGGAACUCAACUGUUAGUGGUGGACAUCUUUCCGUAUCUGGGCAGCACCCUUUCCCGCAGCACGAAAAUCGACGAUGAAGUAGCCCGCUGGACUUCGAAGGCCAGUCAGGCCUUCGUCCGUCUUCAAAGCACAGUUUUGAAUCGUCAUGGUCUCCAGCCCAGCGCGAAACCUAAGACGCACAAGACCGUCAUCCUACGGAUAUUGCUGUAUGGAGCAGAGAACUGGACGGUGUACACGAACCAGGCACCUAGACUCAAUCACUUACGCCUCACUUGUCUUCGUCGAAUAUUAAACCUGCUGGCAGGAUCUUAUCCCAGACUCGGACGUACUGGAGUGGACGGGAAUCCUCAGCAUCUACGCCACACUAAGACAACUACAACCACGCUGGAGCGUCACCUUGUACAGAUGGUAGACGAGCAGCUUCCGAAACGACUCUUCGAUGGAAAUUUUGCGACGGGUUCACGCCGACAAGGACGUCAAGUCCGGCGCUACAAGGAUACUCUCAAUACUUACCUGGAGCGCCUGCAGAUCAUCCCGGCCAACUGGAAAGACCUAGGCCGGGACCGACCUACUGGGAGGAGCACAGUGAAGACAGGCGGAGUGAUCUUUGAAGCCAACUGCAUCACAGUCGCCAAAGCCAAACGCUAA